GGGGGAGGAUGAGAACCGCAAGGCGCAGAAGAGGUGCUGCGUGUACAAGUACAUCCGCGUGGGACAAGAUCUCGGCGAGAGGUUCUGCGGCAAUCCCAUGUUGAAGUGCCUUUUUUGCGGCCACGAGUUCCAGGGCAACCAGUAUGUGGCGGGGCGCGAUUUCCGGCAGGGCAAGGGAUGCCCGACAGUGACCGACGAGGCACUUGUCGACAUACACUAUAACAACGGCUACAAGCUCGACGGGAAGAUCCUAGAGCGGAUGCAGCGUUUCGAAGAGCUUCACGACGAGGUGGGUCCAUCUUCGGGGAAGAGGAAGAAGAGAGAGGAGGGGGCGAGGCCGACGGCAGCACAAAAGGGACGGAGGCAGAACACGAUCACGGAGUCAUACGCUUCACAGUGGCAGAUGGAGUUCAAGAAGAGGUGGCUGAGGUUUGUCUACAGUCACCGCCUCGCGUUCAACAUCUUCCGGAGCGAGCCGUGGUUGGACAUCGUCCGGAACUUCAUGGAAUUGUCGGGGCCAAUGAAGGUUUUGUGGCCUUCGGAGAACGAGAUUGCGGACAUAAAGACAGUUGUUCGCACGGCGGACGAUGUGGCGGCUGAUCUCGCAGAGGUCAGGGCUCCUUUCUAUGUCACGGGGGCCACCAUCAUGUCGGACGGAAGGAAGUCACGCGAUGCUAGACCCAUCGUCAACUUCCUUGCCGGCGGGUCGUGUGGGGUGAUGCUCAUCCGGACAAUGAACAUGGAGGGUGAGCGGGAUCGGGCGCCUUAUGUGUUGGCGCGCUGGAUCAAGGUGUUUGAUGACUUCCCCCCUAAGUGUGUGAAUGCAAUCUGCACCGACUCUGCCUCGGCGUACGUUGUCGCGACAAACAUGGUCCAGAGGCCUGAGCAGAGGCCAGAGCAUCGACGGAUCACGUUGGACCGUGGAGGGUUGCACAUGUCGAGGUUUGUGCAGUGGACGCAGGAUGUGACCCGUGAGGUGGCACAGGAGGUUCGCGCACUUCCGGCGGCUUCUGCACACUUCAUUGUGCAGAAGGUGCAAGCUCGGUGCACCCACAUGUUGAAGCCGGCCCUAGCCACUGCUCACCUUCUCUGUCCCAGCCGGCGGGACUUGCGGUAUUACGAGGGCGUAGUCAGCGACUAUGACGCGAGCUUAGUGAGGGAGGCGGAGACUUACAUCUUGUUGCAGACAGGGUUCAGUGUAGCGAGCCCCGAGUACGAGACCGCAUGUGCGCAGUUGUGCGACUUCCACACACAGAGGGGGGGGAUUGCAUGGGGGGGGAGGAACAGAGACAAAGAGGCAAACAGGUGCGCCGACGAUGUGGAGACGUACGAGGCCGGGUGUUGGUGGUCAAAGUGGGGACAGUGCGCCUCGGAGUUGCAGGUUAUCGCUCUUCGUGUGAUGUACAUAUGGACGUGCUCCUCUCGCGCGGAGAGGAAUUGGGCUGUCCACGAGGGUGUACAGACGAAGAAGUGUAACCAGCUUGAGUUUGAGAAUGUUGCGAAGUUGGUUGAGAUCUCAGCCAGUGUCCGCCUUCUCUCUCAUCAGCGGGCAGGCCGCGGGUUUGCGCUACCGUGGACUCUAGAUGAGUCAUUGUUGGACGUGGAGAGAGGUAUUGGGACUCGCCCCUUGUGGAAGGGGACAGACGAGAGCAGGACGCAGGAGGAGCUCGAGUCUCAGAGGCAGUCGGGUUGUGGUGGGGGCGUCCCUGGCCAGCGUCCUGCGCAUGUUCGUAGUGGCAUGGCAUCAUUCGCCGCUCUUCCCCCUUCGACGAAGGAGCUUCGUCGAGGCUCAUCCCCCGAUGGUCGACUGAGCAGACUGUUGAAGGGCCCGAGCCAGCGAUUGGAGGACAGAUUAGCGGGCGGUACUUCACCGAUUCAGGGGGAUGAGAGAGAUAGAGAGGGGUUGACUGGUGUAGAUGGUGGUGUGUUGGCAGCAGGCGAAGGCGGUGCUGAGGUUGCUGCGGCGGUUGAGGUGGACGAGCUUAUGAAUGUUCGUGAUGAGGGGAGGCCGGCGGGUGGCGGAGGAGGUUUCAGCAAGUUUGGACUGUUUGGUGACUUGGGGUCAUUGGGGAUACCCCCGGGAGAGAGCGAGUCUCGGGGGAACAUCAGUGCGGACAUGCAGAACGUAUUGGGACAGAUCAGCGCCCUGCACCCGGAGUGUUUCUCACCUGCCAUGCACGACGAGUUGAUGUCGUCAGCACCCAUGGCAGAGGGAAAUGAGGACCGCACACCCCCUGGAGAGACAUCUGCAGAGAGGCUGGAUAGGCUUGAUAGUCGUCGAGGUUACCUCAUGGCACGAGCGGACCCCAGGACGCAGGAGUUGGCCCGUCUUGCGGCUGAGGAGCGACAGAGACAGCCGGGGACAUUUACGCCGGCGUCCCUUCACAUAGAGACAACUGCCCACAUGGGAUCGCGAUAGGACGAAGGGGGAGGCAGCCUUGGCCGAGGCGUC